CUUUAUUUCUUUGUAAAUUAACUAAUUCUAUAUCUCUCCACAAACUUGUUUUGGUUCAUCGGGACUUAAAACCUAAUAUUUGUAUUUUCCUGUCAUGUUUUUGUUGUAUAGCUCAUUCAUGGUGUUGAGUAUUUCCUUAAACUCCUUUUGAUUCAUCGAGAUUUGAAACCUGAAAAUCUACUCUUGGAUGAAACUAAAGAACACCUGAAAAUCAGACUUUGGAAUAAGCAAUUAUCUGACCGCUGAUUUGACAUGAAGUUCCUAUUGCGGAACAAAUUUCUCUCAGGCUCCUGAGGUGAGAUGCUUAGUAAUUCUGAGUAUUGAUUACCUUGAGUUAGAUAUUUAUAAUAUGAAGGAAGUGUUUUAUUAUUUCAGAUAAGCAAAGAUGGUACAAAUUACAGUGGCCCAGAGGUGGAUAUCUACAGUGGCCCAGAGGUGUAACACUUUACCACCUCUUAUUCGGCUGCCCAUCACUACUGAGCUUUCAAUAUGGCAGACUCUCUAUUCCUCAGCAGAUCUAAUACAUAGAAUGACAGCAUGGGAAGCAAAGGAUCGUAUCAACAUCCGAGAAAUCAAGAACCACAGAUGGUUUCAAGGUGGGGAUCAAAUGUUCUUAAAUGAUCCUCAUGGCAUUUCUGAUCAGGGUAUUGACAACAAUAUCCUAUUGGAGGCUAUCAAGAAGACGCAAUGUGAGAGGGAAUAUCUUAUUCAGUCUCUAAUUCAGGGGGAACACACAGGUGGGUUUUGGACAUCAAUAGUUGCUUUGGAUUUCCACCCUUAUUCACUCAUUUUCUAUUUAAUUUUUUUAUCCUAGAUGAUUACAUAUAUGAAUUUUGAGUUUUUUUAGAGUUAAUUGAAGGUAAGGAAUCUGAGAUUGUAUGAUAUAUGAUAUUGGGGAAGUGCUUGCUGAUGUUGAUUAGUUGUUGACUGUUUCUGCUACAUAAUGAUUUAUUUUCAGGCUUCUGUUGGUUUGCAGCAAUGAGAGGCUUUGAAUUAUUAACUGGGAAUUUCCUUAAGUAAUAGGAGUUCAUUUAUUAUUGCAUGAAACAUAUAUGUUUGUAUCUGUAGGCAAUUCAUUUACACACACCCACCCA